UCCGGGUAAGGUUCACGCCCGACUUCACCUGACCUCCGCGCGUUCGAUCAUUUGCCCGAGAGGAGCAGGCUGCUGCUAUCUCAUUUGCCGACCUCCUCCUCCCCAUCGUCGCCAUUGCCAAGAACCUUCCCGGAAGCGGCAAGUGAACUUCCCACGCAAUCCCGAGCCCAGAACCGGCGGCCACACUACAAGAAGGAAGAAGCGCCGGUUCUCUGCAGCCUGCACCGCGCAGGAUUCCCCCCUCUCGGGCCGCCGAUCCCUCGUCCGUCGCCCAUGGAUCUGCUCAAGAAGAUCUCCUCCGCGCUCGGCUGCUGGGAAAAGAUCGGUGGCGCGGUCCUCGACACCGUCUACUCCACGGGGCUCCGCCUGUGGAACGUCGAGGAGGAGGCCGAGAAGCUGCGCCGCACGGAAAAGCGCAUCCGCGCGGUGCUCACCGACGCCGAGCAGCGCCGCUUCAUCGACGACGACUUCGUGAAGCUCUGGCUCCAGGAGCUGAGGGCCACGGCCUUCGACGUCGACGCCCUGCUUGACCGCCUCACCACCAUGGCCGCCGUGUCCAGGAUGGCUGCCGCGGAGACGUCGCGGAAGCGGAAGAGGCUCUGGCUCAACAUCGACCUCGGCCUGCGGCAGCGCUGGGAGCUGGAUGCCUGGAUCGCCAGGAUCAACGAACGCCUCGACGAGAUCGAAAAGGGCAAGAGGAACCUCAGGUUGCGUCCCGGGGACGGGAGGCGGACGACUCCGCCGCUGCAGCAGCGCCAAAGGUUUCCCGAAGCCGCCGCGCAUGGCGACGAGAGACACGUAGGCCGCGCGGACCAGAAGAAGAAAAUCAUCCGUGCUCUUGUUUCUGAGAGUGCAGGUCUGGACCUUCCUGUGAUUUCCAUCUGGGGAACGGCAGGAAUUGGCAAGACAGCCUUGGCACGGUUGGUCUACAGCGACCCGGAGGUAGAGAAAUUCUUCACAGACAGCAACAGGUUUUGGGUUUGGUUACCAGAUAGGUGUGAUGUGAGGGUUGCCACCAAGACAAUCAUCGAAGCUGUGACCAGGCAGAAAUGCGAGCUUCUAAGUCUGGACAUAUUGCAGCAACGGCUGCGUGAGCACCUGCGCAAAAGGAGGUUCUUGCUGGUGAUCGAUAACCUUUGGGCGGAAGGAUUUCAGUUCUGGGAAUCGCUAAGGCCUUCGCUGAUUGCUGGAGAGGAAGGAAGCAAACUUCUGAUCACUACUCGACACGAAAGGGUUUCUAGGAUGAUGUCCAACAUUCUUAACAGCAUCCAAUUAGAGGGUUUGAAAGAUGAUGAAUGCUGGGAAAUUGUUAAAGCUUAUGCAUUCUCAGGGUGGAGCAGCAACGAUCACCAUGAUCUGGAGUUGAUUGGACAGAGGGUUGGCGCAAACUGCCGAGGUUCCCCGUUAGCAGCCAAGUCUCUUGGGGUGCUUUUGUCUGACACUAAUGGACAGAGAGAACAGUGGGAAAGCAUAUUAAGUGACAUGCAGAUUCUUGAAGGUAACAGAAACACGGACAUUAUCUUGGCAAGUUUGCAGAUAAGUUAUCAACACUUGCCAUAUCAUCUCAAACAGUGUUUUGCCUUAUGUUCUAUGUAUCCUCCUAGUCUUGAAUUUGAUAAGGAUGAGCUGGUUAGACUCUGGAUGGCAGAUGGUCUUAUUAAGAGCAACGGAAGGAAAAGGGUUGAGAUGGAAGCAGGUAGAUGGUUUGAUGAACUCCUAUGGAGGUCACUCUUUGAAACUUCCCGCAGCCUUUCUAAUCAUCAGAAGUUCAGAGUGCCGAAUUUGAUGCUUGAUCUAGCACUGCGAGUUUCUAAAUAUGAAUCUCUGACUCUCAGUCCUGAUGAUUCACAGGUUCCUGAGCAUCCUGAGUUGGUUCGCUAUGCAACUGUAUUAUGCCCAAAUGAUGAGCCUCUUGCAUUCGACAGGAUUUAUCACUAUCAAAAGUUGAGGCUCCUGAAAUUAUAUCCCACUAUGAAACUACCCUCAAAUCAGGUUCCAUCAGCACUUUUCUCAAACUUAACUUGUCUACGUGCACUAGAUCUGAGUUACACUGAGCUUGAAGUCUUGCCAGAUUCCGUCGGGUGCUCUAUACACCUCAGAUACCUCAACCUUCGGAAUACUCUGAUAAAGACUCUUCCAGAAACAGUCUGCAACCUAUUCAAUUUGCAGACACUUGACCUCAGGUACUGCUACUGGCUCAUGGAUUUGCCUGAAGGCAUGAGCCGCUUAGUUAACAUGCGGCACCUCUGCUUACAUCUUGAUUGGGAUAGAGUUACUGCUUUCAGGUCCAUGCCAAGUGGCAUUGACAAGUUACAGUCUCUUCAGACUCUUUCUAGAUUUGUUGUGGUCUCCAGGGAUGGUGGCAAGUGCAACAUUAAUGAGUUGAAGAACUUGAAGAUCCGUGGAGAGCUUUGUAUUCUUAAUUUGGAAGCCACAACUGAUGAUGGUUCCAAGGAGGCCAAUUUGAUAGUGAAGGAGUAUUUGCACAAACUGAUGCUGAAGUGGAGUGAUGGCACCUGCAAGGAUGAGCAGCAGCUGGACAUAGAGAAAAGUGAGAGAGUCAUUGAGGCACUAUGUCCACAUACCAAUCUCAAGCAUUUACGCAUUCACAAUUACCCUGGAAGAAGACUUCCUUCUUGGGUAGAGCAGCUCUCAUUUCUGGAGUCUCUUGAGAUAGUUUCUUGCCCCAGGCAUGCUCAAUUUUCCAUGGAGACAUUGCAGUCCCGCAGAAAUUUAAGGAUUUCAGUAAUGUGAUGAUCUUGCAGCUUAUUCAACCUGGAUUCCCUUCAUCGUCUGGAAAUUCAUGAUGCUUCGAAUCUGAAAAUAAGUGCAGGUACAUAUUGCCAAGGAACAUCUCUCGAUUGACUGUAAAUGGAAGCGAUGCCCUGGAGGAAUGGUACUGACAAGAAGGUGCUGAGAGAGUGCAACGGAUUCGUGAUCCAAGGAUUCAAUUUAUCAAUUGAUGUGACAUAUGAUGGUCAUCAAUUUUCUCUCCAAUUGGUUGUUGCUGGUUCUCUUUUGAGCUAGUACUAAUUUCGUGUCCUUAGUUUGCCUGUCCUAGCAGUUGCCGUUACAAUUUUCAUUUUUGUUCUCUAAAUAAUUUGUCGUUAUCCUUUGUGGAUUUGCAUGCCUCCUGUACCCUUUGAUGUGUCUCUGAAUCCUGAUGUCAAUGUUCGUAGAAGCUCAGUUGCUGAAUUAGCAUUGACUGUUGCAGCUUCCGAUCUGUUGCUGUGAGAUGCAUGGAUAUAUCUGAACAUUUAAGUGGGCUCUUGGAAUAACAUGAAUAAUCUCCUUUAAAUUUUUUUUGUUGCUAAA